CAACUAUCCCUAAAGGCCUGUUAAUUAUGUUUGAAGGCCUGUUGGUUGUCUUUCAAGGCCUUGCUAUCUUGUUGCAGGUCUUUCUCUGUCAACGAUGCCACCCCCCCACCUUCCCGCACACGGCUCCACAGGUGCCUAGAUUCCCCACACAAAGAUAGCCAGGGGUAUCCUGAUUCGCCCCUUCUCCUGACACUCACACGCGACCAUCACUUCGUCUUCACGACAUUUCUCACGAAGACGUCUACCGGCCUCAUCGUUUUCCAGGCAGUCAGUCACAUUGCAAAGAUGGCUACCCAACAGGAUCUCCAAGAACUCAUACGGCUCAUGACCGUCACAAGAAAAAUGCCCAUGCUCCAAGCUAUGACAUCAAUCAAAGCCCUCCAGGCAGUUGAUCUCAGGAGCAUCAAACAAAUAUCCGAAGCGUCCCUCCCCACCGUUCAGGAAGCUCUCAAAGACGACAAGGUCGCACGCGCUCUCCAAAACGCCUGCAAGGCCGUCAUCAAGAGAAAUGCCACACAGUCAUCAUCACCACCCUCUGGCGGCGGUGUUCUCAAGCGUGGAUCAUCAAUAUCAUCCACAUCACCGGUAUCCAAACGCGCCAAAAGCGACGUUUUCAUGACUGGCCCUGUUGAAAUGACCCCCCAGGAAUUGGAGGCUUCCCUGGAGCUGCCAAUAUGCACAGACGAGGAUACUAUAAAGGAGACGGUCAUCGAAACUAACCGGGCGCCACUCGUACUUGCCUUUGCGGUGGAGAUGCUUAGAUAUACCAUGCCUGAGCAGCCGUUAUCGAGUAGACUCAGCCUCGGUCAGGCGGUGGUGAGCGCCAACUCUCGGUCCAAGGCUGUGAGUUUGGGACUGGACAAAGGCCCCAGUGCGGAUCAGGAGGGGUAUGGGGAAGGUCAGCCGAGGGUGAAGGUAAUGGGUAGGGAGGUUGCGGUUCUCAAAAGGAGUGGGUAUGAGUGGAAAGGUGAGGAAAGGUCCGGCGACGAAAAAAAGGAUGGAGCGGGAGGGUCACAGGAGACGAGUGCAACGACGGCCUCGACGCUGGACCCGACGCCUACACCUACGGCUACUUGGUCUACGAGCCCGCCGAUUAUUAUGAAGGACUCCAAGUUUGUGGCGAGGGCCAUUCAUUUAACGUCACCGUCGCAGAGGAAGUACUUGAUGGAGAGCUUGAUGCAUAAUCACCCUGAGUUGAAGAGUGCAACGCAUAAUGCCUGGGCUUUCCGGCUGAAGCCGCCUGAGAAUGCGAAUUGGCUCACUCAGAGGACCAUGAGGGAGGAGUCGUUUGAUGAUGGGGAGACUGGGUGUGGGGAUCUCAUGCUGAAGGUUAUGCGGGAGGCUGGGGCGGUCGAUACACUCGUCGUUCUCACCCGUUGGUUCGGAGGGACGAUGUUAGGGCCGGACAGGUGGAGGUUGAUGAGAAAUGCGGUUACGUCUGCGCUCGGUGAACGAAUGCGAAAGACGGGAGGAAGUAUUUCACUCGGAGGCGAGGCUCUUUGGGGCCUGGAUCUCGAGGCCAUGAGAAAAGCCCAGCCUGGGACCACAGUUGGAGGUUACGGGUCAGGCAAGCAGCUGCAGCCGCUAACCCAUGUGGUGGGGAUGCAUAUUCACCGGCCCGAGGCGGCCAGAUCGUAUCUGCUGAGGAGUUUUGGGAAGCCAUCACCACCGCCAGCCGACGAAACAGCGACGAGCCCUUCCAAGAAAAAAGCGGUGCAUAAAACGGCCAAAGUACUGGAGGCGGAGAGGGAGGAGAACUUGGGGUUGUUGCUUGGGGCGUUGAGAUUGCUUUUUGAUAGCUGGGCGGAUCAUCUUGAUGUGGCAGAACUCGAUAGGAGGACGUGGGCUUGGUACUGCGCCAUUCGUCCAGAGGUGGAUAGUGGCCCAAAUGGCUGGGGUGGGAAGGGGUCGGUGAAGUUGGUGGAUCUUCUAAAGCUGAGACGAGGGGAUCAGUCAUGAAUUUUGAGAUCAGGAAAAAGAAUCCCAA